AUGUCGCCCUCGAGAUCUGAGAUAAUAAGCAGCCACCCGAUCGGGGACCGGCUAGAUGCUUUUAAAGACCUAUAUAACGCCUUUAUAUCGGAAGAAGAAACGAGCAGGGCUGAUAUAAAUGAUCGACUACUUGACCUCAUAUUAGCACUACAAUCUCAUCCUGUUUGUCGAAAACUGCCCUUGACCGGGCGCGAACCUAUUUUAGAUGGGCUUGCGAGGGUUCUUCCUGAAGUCCGCCAGGGAACAUUUGAUGCUGAACGCUUCCUUCCCCUGCUCAAGGCAAUUCACGACAAUGACUCCGAUGAAUCUAUUUGGAGUAAAGUGACGCACGCUAUCGCCGAGUUGACGCCUUCCCCCCUUCCGUUGUGCUCUUUCCAGACUCCCUUGACUCGAAAUACAGGCAGCGUCGUCAACUCGAGCGAGCUGCGAACCAACAUGAACGCCGUGCUAAGGGAGGACCUGGGCGACAUGUAUGUUGACAUACCAAAGUUCUACGAAACCUUCUUUGGAUAUAUCCUGGGGCUACAGACAAACGCGCAGGCGGUCUUUGAGAGAUGCAAGGAGGGGGAGGAGCCGCUCUUCCACGAUGGAGCUGGCUAG